AUGUCUGGACAGGUCUUCUUCGAUUUGGAGUGGGAGGGUCCCGUUAUGCAGGGCAACAAGCCCACUGGCCAGACUGCUGUCCAAAACGGUCGCAUCACCUUCAACCUCUACGAUGAUGUUGUCCCCAAGACCACCGCGAACUUCCGUGCUCUCUGCACCGGCGAGAAGGGCUUCGGCUACAAGGGCUCUGCUUUCCACCGUAUCAUCCCUGACUUCAUGCUUCAGGGUGGUGACUUCACCCGCGGCAACGGCACCGGUGGCAAGUCCAUCUAUGGCGAGAAGUUCGCCGAUGAGAACUUCUCCAGGAAGCACGUUAGGCCCGGUCUCCUCUCCAUGGCCAACGCUGGCCCCAACACCAACGGCUCCCAAUUCUUCAUCACCACCGUCGUCACCAGCUGGCUCGACGGCCGCCACGUCGUCUUCGGCGAGGUUGCUGACGACCAGAGCAUGCAGGUCGUCAGGGCCCUCGAGGCCACUGGCUCCGGCAGCGGUACUGUGAAGUACUCGAAGAAGCCUACCAUCGUCAACUCCGGCGCUCUAUAA